AUGGGGACUGAUUCGGCCAGUGCCGGCGCCGGGGGCUGGUACUCCUUGCCGCAGAACAGUGAGCUCUGUUUCCUGGCACCGCAGCCCCCCGCUCCGCUGGCAGCAGUGCCGACUCGUUGCUCGCAGCUGUUCGCUGCACACCCUGCAGGCAAGUCGGUGAACAGUAAGGACCCGCUCGAAGACAAGAAAGAUGACAGUGACCUGUGGGAGGCGCAGGCCGCUUUCCUCGGGCCGACGCUAUGGGACAAGACGCUGCCCUAUGACCCCGAUCUCAAGUACGCGGACCUAGACGAGUUCCUGUCGGAGAAUGGCAUGUCGGGCGAGGGACUGGGUGGAGCGCACCUCGGCGGCUCGGCCUUCGGGCCAGCGCUCGGCCUGCAGGCGCCGGUCACCAAGCGGGAGCGCUCGCCUUCACCCUCCGACUGUAUGAGUCCAGACACCAUCAACCCGCCGCUCUCACCCGCCGACUCCACGUUUUCGAUGGCAUCAUCGGGACGUGACUUCGAUCCUCGGACGCGCGCUUUCUCCGACGAGGAGCUGAAGCCGCAGCCAAUGAUCAAGAAGUCCCGGAAACAGUUCGUGCCUGACGACCUGAAAGACGACAAGUACUGGGCGCGUCGGCGGAAGAACAACAUGGCGGCGAAGCGGUCCCGCGACGCACGCCGCAUGAAAGAAAACCAGAUCGCAAUGCGGGCAGGGUACCUGGAGAAAGAGAACAUGGGCCUGAGACAAGAAGUGGAGCUACUUAAGAAGGAAAAUCACAUCCUGCGAGAGAAGCUCUCAAAGUUCGCGGAUGUAUAG